UUUUACCGGAAAUGGUUGGACUCGGGCUUGUCACCAAAAUAGUGUCAAAUUGAGACGACCCAAAGCAGUAAACGGGAAUGCUAGCUGUUGUGAAAUAUUAUUUAAACGGUCGUUUGCGUUAUUCUGUAUAGGCUGACAAUUAGCCGUCGGAGGCAAUGGAAGAAGACAUACUGACAACGUUGAAAAUACUAAUCAUUGGAGAAAGUGGGGUCGGAAAGUCCAGCCUCCUCCUAAGAUUCACAGAUGACACGUUUGACCCUGAGCAAACAGCCACAAUAGGUGUUGAUUUCAAAGUGAAGACCAUCAGUGUAGAUGGUAAUAAGGCAAAGCUGGCUAUAUGGGACACUGCUGGACAGGAGCGUUUCAGAACCCUGACACCGAGUUACUACCGUGGUGCACAGGGUGUCAUCCUAGUGUACGAUGUCACGAGGCGAGAAACAUUUACCAAACUGGAAAACUGGCUCAAUGAGCUGGAGACAUAUUGUACAAGGAAUGACCUUGUGAAAAUGCUUGUUGGAAACAAAAUAGAUAAGGAAAACCACGAGCUUGACAGGGGCGAAGGCCUGAAGUUUGCAAGAAAACAUUCCAUGCUUUUUAUAGAGGCGAGCGCAAAGACCCGCGAUGGCGUUCAGUGUGCGUUUGAGGAGCUAGUAGAGAAGAUCAUCCAGAGUCCAGGAUUAUGGCAGAGUGAGAGCCACGGCAGAGCAGUUCAGCUCACCGAUGAUGAUGCUGGAGGUGCCGGCUGCGGCGGAUACUGCUCGCUCUUCUAAACAAUGCGCGUCCACCCAAAGCAAUUUUCCAACGAACAUGUGUGAAUACCCAACACACACCGACACAAACUUCUGCUUCCGUCCUCCUCCCCUCACUUGUGUUGUUACGAGCUGAGAACCCUGACUGUGGGAUGGACCGUUCACCCUGCCUGUGUUCACACAGGCGUUACUCUUUGCACAUGUUCUUUAUAAAGUACGCUUGAAAUGCAAAAGCUGCUCAGCCUUCAUCUGAACAACACGGGCCGUGCGUGGUGUGUUCGUCUUGCCUCAUUUUGAGUUGUUGAACAUGGGGUUGCAAGAUUUUGUGAUAGAACUAAUUGUCAGUCUACUCUGCAACUCAAUUUCUUCUCAAAAGGAAGUAAUUUUGAUGAAUUAAACCAAAUGUGUAUAAAAGCGUCCUUCCUAAGUAGUACUAGGAAUUAUAUUAACCAAGUGUAUUUUUUUGUUGCUAUUGAAGGAAUAUCUUACUUGAGCAGGCUUAUCUGUAUUGAAACAGGGUUUUAUGCGUCGCUCCAUGGACACAAGUAUUGGGACACCAAGCCAUUACACUUACACAAGCUGAAAUUGAGAUAAAUACACCACCUUGCUUCCUAAAGCAACUUCCUCCGCUCCAUCUUCUUGAUGGAAUUGGGGGUCACUGUUCGUAUGACCUCCUCCAAACAAAAAAUAUGCAAGUAUAGAAUUGUUCAAAGCGUCAUGGUGAACGGAAAUUUUAAGGUCAACCCACGGAGCCAUCCCCUGAUUCAUUAAUUAGUUGGUGACGACAGGUUUCCCAAAACUUUUGUCCUUAGUAGUUCCGUACACACCACAAUUUGGAUUUGGAGAUGUUCUAUAAUGCCAAACUGUCUUGGAAGUCCCUCGCAAAGACUCUGAACGGCUUGGGUCCCGCCCUCACAACUGCCUCAUUUGCUCCGAAUAUAAUAGAUUUAGCAAGUGUUUUGGAUGACAUUUUACCACUUUUAUUGACUUUGACUCCUAAAGCUGUGGUGUUUUUUGUCAUGAGGGGAUGAAUCAAAUGGAUCGGGACCAGAAAAAAAAAGCUUUCCAUCCAACACCGAAGAGGGGAACCGACUCUUAGAGUCAAUGUGGCUCUUAAAUAGUGUGAGACACUCUGGCGCUCCUUCAUUCAGACAGAUAAUAUCAGUGAUAUCACUAACAGCACUGCAUUCUGUCACGAUGAAGGAAAAGUGUUCAAUAUUAAACACUCCAGCAAGUGUUGCCGAAAUUUGAAGAGUCAAAAAAAGGACCGUGGUCAUUGCCCUGCGCUACUAAUGGCUUUAACAGUAGUGCUGGUGUUGAAUCUGGGAAAUGUACAGUAGUUCUGACCAUCUGAUCUUUUAACACAGGGAUUGUGAAAAUGACAUGACUAGGCUGCAACAAUGUCUAAUCACAAGUGGGAUUUUUUUUUUUUUUUUUUUGGUUCUUCUUUGCAUGUGGAACUGCCUUGCCAUAUAUUGUUUUGGCCUGUCUUUCUUGUCAAUUUGUAUUUAGCUCAAAACACUGAAUAGUUAUUAGCAACAGUGUUAUUGAACACAAAAGGAGGAAUUGUUGGAAUAAUGUUAUAUUACUGCAUAAUCCUAUUAUGUCUGCCUUUUUUUUCCUAUUCAGAGAAAUGAAACAAUUCCCGUGUACAUUUCGUGUAGUUUAGCAAUUGAUGGGAUAAUUCCCAAGUUGUACAGAUGAAUGUAUACAUAUUCACUGCAGACUUCCCUAUCUAUUGAAACAGUUGUUUUUUUUAAGUAAAAAUGUUGUUGCUACUACACACACUUUAAGGUUUGUUGAGGCGCUGUUAAUGCAAUAAAUAAUGAAAAGGAAGCAUUG